AUGUAGGCCCGAAAUACACCCGGACGAACACUAUACGCUCGAAAGCUGCGGCGCGCGGUGAGCUUGCUUGAUCCGCAGAGUAUCUCGAGCAGGCGAGAGAACGGUUCGGUCAGGUUCUCUUAAGCACAGGAUUAGAACGAACGGUGGGUUCAGUAGUUGCGCGGCGGUUGGCUGAGUUGCAGGCCCGAUCGAGCUGAGAGUAUAUCUAAUAUAUUAUCAAGUUCCGCAAAAGUUGACGUCAUUUUUCUCGGAAAAAAAAGGGGUUGUUGUUGUUUUUCUGACCGACCCUGGAGUGAAUAACGGCUACGAUUCAAGUGGUGGUUCCAGUUUGUGUGGCAUGAUUUAUUGUGUGCUAUACCCAGUUCUGAACUGACAGGACCUUCCACCCUGCAAAUAUGCCUCGAGCUUUUCUCAUCACUCGCCGAAGGUACGACGGCUCUGACCAGUUCGUGGAGACCAUGCGAGAUUGCAGCCCUGAGCGCGGAGUCAGCGUCGCCGAGUAUGGCGGCGGUCAGCCGACCUCGGAUGGGGUCAGCGACUGUGGUAGCGAGACGUCCUCGGAGUGUCCCGAGGAGCUCUACAACCUGACGAAGCUCGCGGAAGUCAGUCUGGCAGCGGCCGCUGGUACCCUGAUACAUCCGGCCGGUAGCGUCUUGUGCCAGCGACCGACGUCACCCGGGUACAAGGACGAAGUCGGAUACGAAAUUAACGAAGCAUUGGAGAAACGAACGAGCGACGAACACGCCCUCCAAGAACGGACGCGGCUCUUCUUCGAGAGGAUCGAGGCUGAACGGAAGAUACUGGAGCGACGUUCUCCAACCUCCGAGCCCAAGACGCAGAGGAUACUCCGACUUCCGGCGGCCCGCGAUGAGGCCCAAACCCACCACGAGGCCCAUCCACAACGUCAACAUCACUCCGAACCUCGGACUCCGGCAUCCAAGAAGGCACAGGUAGCCGCCAGCCCCGCGGAGACCUGCGGAAGGCCCGAAGACAACGAGGAUCAUGAGUGUCCGGACUGCGGGAAGAGGUACUCGACGUCCUCGAACCUGGCACGACAUCGCCAGACGCAUCGUUCCCUCGGCGAUAAGAAGGCGAGACGGUGUCCGCACUGCGACAAGGUCUACGUCAGCAUGCCUGCUUUCAGUAUGCACGUCAGGACCCACAAUCAAGGAUGCAAGUGCCACUACUGCGGCAAGUGCUUCUCACGACCGUGGCUUCUUCAGGGACACAUACGAACGCAUACCGGUGAGAAACCAUUCAAAUGUACGAUAUGCAACAAGGCCUUCGCGGAUAAGUCGAAUCUUCGUGCGCACAUACAGACUCACUCGAACACAAAGCCGCACGUAUGCGGUCGUUGCGGAAAGGCCUUCGCCCUCAAGUCCUAUCUCUACAAGCACGAGGAGUCGUCGUGCAUGCGGGCGCAUCAUCGAGCCUCUUCAGAGAAGCGUGAGAGCGAUAGAAGCAGUCCGCUCCCCAGAAGGAUUUCGGCACCGGUGACAGCCUCUCCGACGAGCGUCAUCGUGCCGCGACUCGGGUUGAGUCGCAGCGUUUCCGUCGGCGGAACGCCGGAGCCGCAAGCGCCAUCUUUCUCGGCGAUUCGUCACACGAAGACGUCGCAACCGGAAACGGGAGCGGAAAGACUGGUCGUGGAAAAACACCCGAAACGUCUGAUGUUGGAGAAGGCCUUGGAGCAGGCGGAAGCGUCUGACUCGGAGGUUCAGAGGCCGAAGAGACGCCUUGAAGCCGCCGUUCCCGAUGCCCCUGAGUACCGAUCGCAAAUGGUCAUCCGAACUUCGGUGAUAUCGCCGAAUCCCGAGCAUCUCGGGCGGCUCUCGGCCGCCGGAAAUAACAAAUCGCCAUUCGAUUUUUCUGCAUCAAGAAAUUCGGCCUUCUCCAGGCCAGGCAUGACGCUGAAUCUUGCUAUCGCGUAAAGCUGCUGGGCUCCUAGGGACUUUGGAAGAUUUCGGUUGGCUGCCCGACUUGUUAAGUGUUACCAACGUCAAUUGCAGUGUAACAGAAUUUUCACGAUUGUGGGGAUAAAAAAAAAAACCCGACAAUUGUUUCGGUUUUCUCAUCAGCUCAAUGCAUAUUUGGAUUCUCGGUUUCGGGUCUGGACAAAGCUGACUAGUGAUAUUUUCGGAUAUGCACGUAUAAUCGUCAAUUACAGAUUAAUCAAUUUUAAAUUUGUAGUAUACAUAUGUAUAGGUUUUUAAUCUAUUGCGAGAAUGAUAAAUGCGUGUAUGUAUGAUAUAAAAGAAUUAUGAUGAAUAUUAUUCCAAGUAUCUUCCUAAUAGGGACCAUAUUUAGUAGUUAAUUGUCAAAUUAUUAUAAGACAACUGUGAAUUCAUAAUGUGCCUUACAUAAUAUAUACAGCUGCAAAGUUGAUGAAAUACGUGUAGUCAGUUCACGUGUCGUUUUUUUUUUUUUUCAUUUUUGCGUCUUUUAUCUUUUUGUCUGUACUUUUCUUUUUGCUCGUAAUUAUUAUUCAACCUAUAUAAUUGUGUUGAAAAUUGAUGUCAAUUUAACCAAAGGUGUCGAGCAUGUAAACAUCUCAAAUGUUGAAACAUACAUGUAUAUUUAUUAGUCAUUGUCUGUAUUUACUGAAGAGUAAAUACAUUGUUGAUUCAUGGUGCUAGUACUUAAAAUAUAUUGCAUAUUUAUUUACAUAUGAUGUUAAUUGCCGUAAGCAAUAUAAAGGCUCUUCAAGGCAGCUAUAAAUUAUUUUGUAAAUAUUAGACUAUACCCUAUAGAUUGUCUAACUGUAAGACUUAUAAGUACAUUAUAAUAUAAAUAUAAGACAUAUUGUGUAAUUAAUACAAAGUGCCUCAAAAUACUCGUAGGGGUAGUGUCGGAUAUUGCAAUAUCUAAUCAAUAUAAGGGAUUGUGUCCUUUUGAUAUACAUAUAGAACUACUAUUUAAUUGCAAUGAUUGAUAUCUUUUGAUCGGUUACUGAAUAAGUAAUUAUCAGAGUGUGCGCUAGUCGGAAACGUUUCGUGAUUAACCAGUAAAUCUCUUACACUUCCCUAGCUCGUAUUAAUUCUAAUUUUUUAAAAGUAUCAAAUUUUUUGUCUCACUUAAAAAUGAACAAAUUUAUAAACAUAUCGGUAG